AUGUGUCGGAGGAAAUACCGUACACCUUGCGACUGUGUCAGCGUGCACUGCGCCUGGCCCACCUCAGGAGUCACUAAUACACCAGGGCCUCCUGAGGAAAAGGUCACAAUCACCAGGGUGACAGAGGAGAAGUGCACUGUGUCUUGGAAGAUCCCUCUGGAGGACGGUGGAGAUCUUGUCACUCAUUACAUUGUUGAUAGACGUGAGACCAGCAGACUCAACUGGGUGAUCAUGGAGACCGAGUGCAAGACUCUGUCCUGUGUCAGCUCCAAACUGAUCAAGAACAACGAGUACGUCUUCCGUGUCAGAGGAGUAAACAAGUUCGGACCUGGUGUGCCUUUGGAGUCCGAGCCUGUCAUCGCCAGAAACGCAUACACUGUCCCAUCACAACCUGGAGCACCAGAAGUCACGGCUGUAGGAAAGGAGCACGUCAUCAUUGAAUGGAUGAAACCUGAAAGUGAUGGCGGAAGUGAGAUCAAGAAUUACCUGGUGGACAAACGUGAGAAGAGCAGUUCCAGAUGGACCAGGGUCAAUAAGACCUUUACCAUCUAUGACAUCCGCCUGAAGAUCUCUGGUUUGCUGGAAGGCAGUGACUACCAGUUCCGUGUUACAGCUGUGAAUACAGCUGGAAACAGCCAGCCCAGUGAAGCCUCUCACUAUGCCUACUGUAGAGAGCCAACAUACACUCCAGCCCCUCCUUCAAUUCCACGAGUGGUAGAUUCCACCAAGCAUAGCAUUAGCUUGCAAUGGACCAGACCCAUGUAUGAUGGUGGCGCUGAUGUUGUUGGCUACGUGGUGGAGGUGCUUGAGGAAGGAACCGAGCAGUGGUACAGGGCCACUCAGAAGACUUUAAAGACCAAUGCGUUUGUUGCCACUGGACUUCAAAGCAACAAGAAGUACAGUUUCCGUGUCGCAGGAGUCAAUAGCAAUGGCACUGGGGAAUUCAGCGAACCUAGUGUGGAAAUUGAGCCUGUUGAGAAACUCUCAAUCCCUGAUCUUGAGCUCCCUGAUGAUCUGAAGAAGAUUGUGUGUCUGAGAGCUGGUAACACUCUUAGGCUGUUCGUCAAUGUGGCUGGAAGACCGGCUCCUGUACUGACCUGGAGGAAACCUGGCAUUGACCUGCAGAGCCGUGGGUUCAUUGAUACAACUGAUAGUUAUACUCAACUAAUCGUUGAGAAGGUCCAUCGUUACGAUGCCGGCAAAUACACAAUUGAGGCUGAAAAUCCAUCUGGCAAGAAGUCAGCAACUAUUCUCGUCAAGGUUUAUGACACUCCUGGACCACCUGGUUCAGUUAGAGUCAAAGACUACACAAAGGAGUCUGUCGUCAUUACAUGGGACGUACCAUCUAUUGACGGUGGAGCCCCUGUGAACAACUACAUCAUUGAGAAACGUGAAGCUUCAAUGAAAUCCUACAAAACAGUUACAACAGAAUGCAGGAAGACCUUGUUCAGAAUUACUGGCCUGGAGGAAUCAGUACACUACUUCUUCAGAGUGUUACCAGAGAACAUAUAUGGUGUUGGAGAACCAUGUGAAACCCCUGAAUCAGUGUUGAUCUGUGAAGUACCCAGCCUUCCUCAGGAUCUGCACAUUGUGGAUAUUGGAAAGUCCUCUGCCAUACUUAACUGGGAGAAACCUCUUCAUGAUGGUGGAAGCAGACUGACGGGCUACGUCAUUGAAGCUAACAUCGUUGGAUCAGACAGAUGGAGUGCAGUGGCCACCGUUAAACAGUCCAUGUCCCAGCAUACCGUCACUGGUCUGACAGAGAAGGAGACUUAUCUCUUCAGAAUCAGAGCUACCAACACCAGAGGAGUUAGCGAGCCUAGGGAGAUUACAGGACCUGUGGUCAUUCAGGAACAACUACUGGCGCCCUAUAUUGAUCUGGCCGGCAUUCCACAGAAGGUUGUCCAUGUGCCAGCCGGCAAACCAAUCGACCUCAAUAUUCCUAUAAAGGCCAGACCUGCUCCAGUUUGCACCUGGUCCUUCAAUGGUGCUAAAAUGAAGGAUAGUCUUGACCGGGUUAAGAUUGUGUCUAAUGGAAAAUACACCAAACUGACUGUCCGUGAGACAACCAUUGAUGACACUGGUAGCUACACUCUUCAAGUAAAGAAUUCUGUAGGAACUGCGACAGAGAUCCUUAAAAUUAUCAUUCUUGAUAAACCUGGAAUACCUAUUGGACCGAUCACAGUUGAUGCCGUUGAUGCCACAUCUGUAACAGUCAGCUGGGAGCCACCAGAGAAGGAUGGCGGCUCCAACGUUAGUGGCUAUGUUGUUGAGCAGCGUGACGCUCACCGCCCCGGAUGGCUGCCAGUGUCCGAAUCUGUCACAAGACCCACAUUCAAGUUCACCAGAUUGUCUGAGGGAACUGAAUACGUGUUCCGUGUGGCUGCAACAAACCGCUUUGGCAUUGGGGGAUUCUUGCAGUCUGAAGUUGUUGAAUGCAAGAGUCUCAAGACCGUACCCAGUGCACCAAACCGACCUGAUGUACUGGAUGUGACUCAUGAGGGAAUGACCAUCACAUGGCAGCCACCAGAAGAAGAUGGAGGCUCCCAAGUGUCUGGAUAUAUAAUUGAGCGCAAGGAGGUCAGAUCUGAAAGGUGGAUGAGCAUCGUUAAGAACCCAGUCACCAUGACCAGAUACAGAUCAUCAGGUCUGUGCGAAGGCAAUGAGUAUGAGUUCCGCGUGAUCGCCCUCAACUCCAGAGGCUCGAGCAAACCCAGUAUGGCAUCUAAACCAGCUAUCGCCAUGGAUCCCAUCGAGCCUCCUAGUGCACCACAGUUCCCCAGGGUUACAGACACAACCAGGACGUCUGUGUCUCUGGCCUGGAGUCCUCCAGAGGAAGAGGGUGGUUCUGUCAUCACUGGUUACCUGAUUGAGAUGCAGAAGGUGGAUCAGGUGGAAUGGACCAUGUGCAACACAACACCCAUAAAGAUCUGUGAAUACACUCUGACGCACAUGCCUCAGGGAGCUGAGUACAAGUUCCGUGUGAUGGCCUGCAACGCUGGUGGACCCGGAGAGCCAGUCGAGAUCCCAGGAAUCGUCAAGGUUACAGAAAUGCUUGACUAUCCCGAUUAUGAACUGGACCUCAAAUAUGAGGAAGGCUAUGUGGUCAGACAGGGAGGAGUCAUCAGGCUGUCUGUGCCCAUCAAGGGUAAACCAGUCCCUAUUUGCAAGUGGACAAAGGAAGGCCGAGAUAUCUCUCACAGAGCUAUGAUUGCCACCAAUGAUGAUAUCACUGAACUUGUGAUCAAAGAAGCCCACAGAGAUGACACUGGCACAUAUGACCUGGUCCUGGAGAACAAAUGUGGCAGGAAGGCUGUCUACAUCAAUGUUAAAGUGAUUGGACGUCCAGACGCACCGGAGGGUCCCCUUGAGUUUGAUGAUAUCCAGGCUCGCUCUGUAAGAGUCAGCUGGAGACCUCCCUCUGAAGACGGUGGCUCUGAUAUCCUGGGUUACAUCGUUGAAAGGCGAGAGGUAUCAAAGGUAGCAUGGUACACUGUGGACUCAAGAGUGGUGGACACAGCUCUGGUGGUCAAGGGGCUGAAGGAGAAUGUUGAAUACCAUUUCAAGAUCACUGCUGAAAACCAGUUUGGUGUGAGCAGAUCUCUCAAAUCAGAUGAAUGUGUCACUCCAAAGACACCGCUCUCUCCACCAGAACCUCCAAUCAACCCACCAGAAGUUAUGGAUGUCACAAAGAGCACUGUUGCUCUAUCUUGGGGCAGACCAAAAGAUGAUGGUGGCGCCCGCAUUACAGGAUACUACGUUGAGAGGAGAGAGGUGUCCACAGAGAAGUGGGUGCGUCACAACAAGACACACAUCACCACUACAAUGUACACUCUCACUGGACUCAUCCCUGACGCUGAAUAUCUGUUCCGUGUCGUGGCACAAAACGACAUCGGUCAGAGUGAACCUGGACCAGUAUCUGAAAAUGUUAUAUGCAAAGAUCCAUUCG